AUCCAUAUGUAGCCGGUACUACAUUACUUUUUGUUGCGUUUUAAUUAAGUUUUUAAGAGUGUUCACGUAUCCCGGUCACUAAUCUGGUACCAAUCCAGUGAUCACGAAUCAAACAUGUCUACGGUGCUAAUAAGACAGAUUCUUCAGCCGCUUUAUAUGUGAAAUGAUUCAACUGAUUCACUAGAUGACUCGACUCAAAAGAAAAAAAGAAACGGACAUUUGUGUUUGUUAGACGCGAUAAACCACAGUAGCAAAUUCGCUAUUUUGUAGAUGACUGUGAUCGCCGCAGAGGGGAUGCGGGUGACCUUCACGCACUGAGCUACAGGGAAAUGAGAUUUUAUGUCUGUAAAUGUAAAUUAAAUCACACACGUCGACGGACGUUGUUGCUGUGGACAGAUGACGGGGGACAGAUGGCACGAAGGUCCCAGCUGCUGUUGACUGAUCCACACGUUUCUUGAGGGGGAAAAUGAUUUAAGAGAGAAAGAGGAAGUGUUUUACUCUUCUGAGGAUCUCAACAGGAAAUCUCAGGAGUCACUGUCAGUGUUUUAAACAUGGCAGCAGAUCUGGCCUUAGUCAGCGUUCUCAUCCAGCUUUUUGUUGAUUUGGUGACAAGUGACAGCAUUGACUUCUACAAUAUCAUGCCUGCUGCAGAAGUGUUCAUGUCUUGUACAGCCACUCCAUACCCCAAGAGUUUCAAGUGCUUCACAUGUGAACAGGCCUCAGACAACUACCGCUGUAACCGCUGGGCAGAAGAUGUGUGGUGUCCUCAGAAUACCCAAUACUGCAUGACAAUACACCACUUCAACCAUCAUGGAAAGACAACAUUUGUUACCAAAAGAUGUGCAGUGCAUGAAGAAUGCCAGUUAGCUGGCUGUAGACAUCACAAAAACACACAUCAUGAGUGCAUAUCCUGUUGUGAAGGGAUGGUUUGCAACGUAGAGCUGCCGACUAAUCACAGUAAUGCAGUGUUUGCCGAAAGGCAGACCCAGAGCUCAGCGGCACCCACUUUCAGGAUCUGGGAUUCUGUGAUCCUCAUGGUCCCAGUUCUCACGGGACUAUUACCGUUGUGAUCCUCAAUCAUGUGAAUCUGUUCGGUUUUGAACAGCUCUACAAAUUGUUGAGACAAAGGAGACGUCAAACACACUGCAGUAUUAUUAAUACUGUCAGAUGGAUGUAUCCAUUAAGGCCACAGUAAUAUCAUGCAGCAUUCCCAUUCAUCCCACUUGCAGGAUGUCGCAGGAUUCGCUAGAAGAAUGUGAUUUGCCGUCUUUGGGCUCACAGAUGUUUCCAUGACUGAUCAUUGACUAAUCUGCCUGGAGCCGCAGGAAAAAUUACAUCAUGUCUUGGCUGAUCGGUUAAUGAGAAGAAGAAGAUCACUCAUUAGCAUCUGUCCGGAGCUGUGAUAAAAGUCAAUUUCACACUUGUCCUCUCCCUUCAAAAACAGUUGGACAUUGAUACAUAAUCUACUGUAAUAGAAUUAAAUAUUUGUGACUUAGAUGUUGCUUGCAAAUUAUUUUAUUCUUUCAGAACACAAAAUUACUUUUGAAUGUCCUUUUGCAGCCUAUACGAUGUAGUUAUGGAAUUCCAGCAGUGGCUAAGUAAUGUGACUGUGCUAAUCAGCAAAACCAUAACUCUUUGGUGGAUUCAGUGAAGAGACGGCUUGUCGGCCAGUGAUGGAGGAACUGUGUGCACAGGAAGUUGCAGUGUCAAGAAGGUUUUUCAAUGGAACACUAGUGCCACUUGUGAUGACUGCUUACUAAUGACAUGCUAAAUAGGACAGAGAAACAGGCGGGUAGCAAAACUGAAUUUAGCAGCUGAAGCAUUGGAAUUAACUUAUGCUGCCUCACUGGAUUUGUAUUGAGCAAAUUGAGUCUCAAACAUUGACCAUUAGAAGUCCCUAUGUGGGAUGGUCCUGUGGCUCUGGUCCCAGAUUCUGUCACACAGGCCAAGCAGAGCAAUGAGAGGACGUGGGAUGUGUUCUUGUUUUCUAAAUGGUGUGAAUGUCUCUAAUAGUGAUCUUGAUUGCUGCAUAAAUGUCACUGCUUUAAGAACGUGGACCUCCAUCACGUAAAAGAAAUUUACAAAUUAAGCAUAUUUUGAGUUAUUCUGACUUGACUAUUGCAAAUGUUGUCAUGUUUUAUUGCCCCCCCCCCCCCCCACACA